UAGGCGUGGUCAAGCAAUAUUUGUGGUUUACCAUGCUUCGUAUCAGAGUAAAGAGCUCAGUUUGGUCUGUUUUACUGGCACAGCUGAUGAAGAGAGGUUUGCAUUUUCAUUUUAAUAUAAAGGGAUAACCAGACAUGAUUCUUUCUACCUAUCACACCAUCCAGUCUGUUUUCUGCUGCUGCUGCUGCUCAGUGCAAGAAAGAGAAAUGAGAACAAAAGUGAACCUGGACCCUGACGCUGUCCUGGUGACCCAGUACUCUGCUUCUCAACCAGACAUUUCUUAUGAAUCUAUUUGGAAGUGUGGGCAGCACAAGGGACAAUUACAGUUUAAGGACAAGCCAUUACCUCCUCUGCCUCCUGAGGCCUUUGAGGACUGCAAGAACAAACCCAGAGUUAUUGCACUCUAUGACUUCUUUGCUAGAGGGCCUUUAGAUCUACCUCUCAAGAAAGCAGAAGAAUACAUUAUCCUGGAACAGUAUGAUCCCCUCUGGUGGAAGGCAAGAGACCGACACGGGAAUGAAGGUCUAAUUCCCAGCAACUAUGUUACCCAGAUCAAGAAAAGCAAUUUAGAAACAUACAAGUGGUACUGCAAAAACAUGAACAGAAGCCAGGCAGAACUUCUUUUGCACCAGAAGCCCAAAGAAGGUGCAUUUGUUGUCAGAGAUUCAAGCCGGCAGGGUCUUCUUACGCUGUCCAUGUAUUCGCGGGCUAAGGGAAGUCAUAAUGGAGAUAUUCUACAUUAUCAAAUUAAACAAAAUCACUCAGGACAAUAUUAUGUAGCAGAGAACUAUGUCUUCUCAUCUGUUCCUGAACUCAUCGAGUAUCAUCAACACAACGCUGCAGGUCUUAUCACACGUCUCCGACAUCCCGUUGGAUCAGAUGGAUGCACCUCACCAGAAACAGCAAGAUUGAGUUAUGAGGAGUGGGGACUAAACCCAUCUGAACUGCUGUUACUGAAAGAACUUGGGCGUGGGCAGUUUGGAGUUGUUUAUCUUGGUAAAUGGAAAGAGACUGUCAAGGUUGCCAUCAAAACAAUCAAUGAAGGUGCAAUGUCUGAAGAUGAUUUCAUAGAGGAGGCCAAACUGAUGAUGAAGCUCUCCCAUCCAAAGCUGGUCCAGCUUUAUGGAGUGUGCACACAUCACAACCCCCUCUACGUUGUGACUGAAUUCAUGGAAAAUGGUUGCCUGCUCAGUUACCUUCGGCAAAGGCGAGGGAAACUCGGCAGAGACGUUCUCCUGAGCAUGUGCCAGGACGUUUGUGAGGGGAUGGAAUAUCUGGAAAGAAACAGCUUUAUUCACCGUGAUUUGGCUGCAAGAAACUGUUUAGUCAAUGAGGAGCACGUGGUUAAAGUAUCUGACUUUGGCAUGGCAAGGUAUGUCAUUGAUGAUGAAUAUAUCAGCUCUUCAGGUGCCAAGUUUCCAGUCAAAUGGUCAUCUCCUGAAGUCUUUCAUUUCAAAAAAUAUAGCAGCAAAUCAGAUGUCUGGUCAUUUGGUGUACUGAUGUGGGAAGUUUUCACAGAAGGCAAAAUGCCUUUUGAAACCAAGUCAAAUGCUGAAGUUGUCCGUGAGAUUUCUCAGGGUAACCGACUUUAUCGACCCCAUUUGGCAUCACAUCCUGUGUACAAAGUCAUGUACAGCUGCUGGCAUGAGAAACCUGAAGGACGUCCUACUUUUGCAGAGUUAACAGUGACCCUCAGAGAUCUAACAGAGAUGACAUAACCACAGAUUUUGUACCAAUAUAUUUCCUGAAAGGUUAGCAUUAAGCAUGCCACUAAUGAAGCUGGUCCAGAAAACCUCAGCCUUUUGGAGAGGUCUCUACCUAAAUCACAGUACCAGCAUCCUGCAUAUUGAAGCAGCUGUUUGAUCUUGGCACAGUUUUUCUUAUUUGAGAAAGAUACUCCAGGAAACUGGUUUGGGCCUCUCAAGGCUUUGUUUUCAUGGUUAGGGGAAAAAAUCUGUCUGAAAAGCAGUAACCAAGCCUACUCCCCUUAUGGAUAUUUUUAUUCAUUCUUUUGUUCAGAGUUACACUAAUUCUUGCAUUAAUAUUAUUACAUUAUUUAUACUUACUAUGACACAUGCACGGGGGAAUACUGAUUGGCAGAGCAAAAAUGAUGGAAGAACCUCUGAUAAGCUCUGGCUAGGUCACUUUUAAAGGCAAAUCCUUGUGCACUGCAGAGCAUCCAGCCCUGGAGAAGCAGAGCAGGGCUCUGUCCAAGGGACAGCCAGCUAAGUGACUGGCUGCUGGAGCAGUGCCCACACGUGUGCCUGGACCCACUACUUGGACAAAGCAGUGCCUCAGCCCUCCCCUUGCAAAUGGCCAGGAUGGUUCAUGGGCAAGUUAAAACUGGAACCUGGCAGUAAAGCUCAGAUGGAUCUCAAGAUACCUUACAUGGACACGUCUGUACCCCUACUUCUUAUGCUAUUAUUCACUUUGAAUUUUAAAUCUUAACUAUGGUCAGCACAAAUAUGUUGUAGAGAAGGAAAGGUAGAUGGAAUUCAUAAUUAUUUAAAACAAAAUAGUCAGAUCAUUGCAAAUAAAUGUGUUCUUGGAAA